AUGGUUGAAUUUAUUGAUGGGCUGAACAAGUAUGGAAAGGGUGACUGGAAAAGUAUAUCAAGGCACAUGAGAACAAGAACACCUACACAAGUAGCAAGUCAUGCUCAGAAAUACUUCAAUCAUUUGAAGUCAAUCAAUGAGAAUAAAAAAAGAAGGCGGCGACCGAGCAUACACGACGUCACUCAUCUGGAAAAUGGAAAUACUUCAGCACACCAACUGCCAGUUAUUGGCCAAACAAGCAAUCCAACCCCUGGAGACAUGGAUUAUGGUUUUGGGUCUGUUCAUGAGACUGUUAUUCCAGAGGCACUAAUGAAUUUGGGUCCUAUGUCAUAUCCCAUGCAGCAUUCAUAUACUCUAUGA